GCCAGUAGGGAGGACGCUGUCGAGCUGGCAGCAGUUGCUGCAGUGUUCCGGCAACCGCUUCUGAUAGCAAGUCUAGCUUGCUUAAGCCGGGUGCAGUAUACAUCUGGAACACUUGCAGCAACUGCUGCCAGCUCGACGGCGUCCUCCCUACUAGCUUCCGUGAGGACCGUCGCUCCUCAUAUAUCUUCGCCGGUGUGGUGUUGUCUCCUUCUCGAGCCGCUUAGGGAGCUUAGGGCAACUUAGGAGAAGCGGAUUAAAUUAAUUACAGAACGAACUGCCUCCUUCGCCUAAAGCGGAUUGUUUAAAUUAUUUGGAUUAUAUGAUGAUUGUUUUUUCCGGCAACCGCUUCUUAUAGCAAGUCUGCUUGCUUAAGCCGGAUGCAGUAUAUAUUCAGAUCCCACCGCCAUCUACAAGUAAUAAAGUAAAGUAAAAUUAAAGUAUGUACCGCCGACGUCAACUUGUAUGGCCGCCCUCCAUCAGCUGUGCAGCUCUCGUCAGUCAGUAUGUGCUGGCUUAGUUCUGUGCAGUGUGUAGUCUGCUGAAUACACAACAUACGUCUACCAUCGGUCCAUGAGCCAGACAUGAGCCAACAGUUAAAUUAGUGUAUCGUGCAGUGGGAGAAGUCUUGAAAAGCACAAUGUCUGAUUACUUGAGGUCGGCGUUCGGCUAUCUCAACGGCGCCACCACUACCAACGAUUAUCUUGGCCAAGUUAUCGAAAUCAGUGGUGUCAAACUUCGAGUUAAUCGACUCAUUGCCGAGGGUGGCUGGGCCUUGGUCUUUGCUGUAGAAGAUGUAUCAACAGGAAAAGAAUAUGCACUUAAAAAAUUGGUAGCACCUGAUGAAGAUGCCAGAAAAACAAUAAUUCAAGAAAUUGAGACUUUGAAAACCUUAACAAAUCAUCCAAAUAUUAUACAAUUCUUAUGUGUCCAACAAGUACCUAGAGAAGGAAACAGAGGAAGCGAAUAUUUACUAGUGACAGAAUUAUGCCCAGGUGGCACACUUGCGGACGUCUUGAGAAACGUUCCCACAAAUUCUCUGAGCUUAGCUCAAAUAUGUAAAAUAGCUUAUCAAGCAACCAAAGCUGUCCAUCAUAUGCAUUGUCAGCAGCCUCAGCCUUUCAUUCACAGGGAUAUAAAGCUGGAAAAUUUUCUGAUAGGAAGCGAUGGUCUGAUAAAGCUGUGCGAUUUCGGUAGUACAACCAUUCAGCAAAUUCUGCCGGAUACAUCAUGGAAUGCGCAGAAGAGAGCUCAACUAGAAGAUCAUAUGGCCAAAUUUACGACUCCGAUGUAUCGGGCUCCGGAAAUGAUGGACACGUGGAAUAACGAGCCGAUUGGACCACCGGUCGACUGUUGGGCACUCGGUUGCGUGCUCUACACCCUGGUGACUUUACGACAUCCCUUUCCAGAAGGCAAUAAACUUGCCAUAGUGAAUGGCAAAUUCACGGCACCAGUGCUAAACGCUCACCUCAGUUGCUUCAACGAUCUGAUCAAUGGCUGCUUGCAAGUGUCGCCGACGCAACGCAUGACCACAUCGAAUUUGCUGGAGCAACUAGCUGCCAUAGCCGAGUCGAAUGGCUUCGAUCCGCGAGAGCCGGCCUCGGUCGAAAUAGCCAAGCCGGCUCCUCCGACCAGACCUGCACCUCCGCCACCCGUGGCUGCGCAGCAGCCGCAUCAGCACCAGCAACCGAUGCCGCCACCGCAACAGUCGCAGUCCCAGAGCUCGUUGGCCCAGAAUCCGAAGCCAACUGUUGGGCACCAUACGUCGGCGUCCGCGGGCUUGUUUAGCUCGAUAAAGGGAGGCGCCGGUAGUCUAUUCAAGAACAUCAAAGACACCUCAUCUAAAGUGAUGCAAACGGUGCAGCAAAGCAUGGCGCGUACCGAGCUCGACGCCAGCUACCUGACCUCGCGGCUGCUUGUCAUGCCCUACCCGGCAGACGGCAUCGAGUCAGCCUACCGGGCUAAUCACGUGGAGGACGUCAGGGCCUUCCUUCAGGCGCGCCACCCGCCCCCGACGAGGAUACAGUUUUACAAUUUGUCCAGAGGCAGGCCGAAUGUGGCCAGACUAGUCGGUCGUCACGUUGACUGCUCGUUCGCUUACGCCUCUGCAGAGGCUAACGCUCCUCUGCUGUCCGCUGUCUAUCAGAUCUGCCAGGAUAUCUACAAUUACCUUGACGCUGACGUGCAUCACUUCGUCGUGCUGUACUGCAACGAUGGUCUUAGGGCCAGUGCGCUCGUCGCCUGCUCACUGCUGCUGUACGCUGGCGUAUUCUCAACGACGGCCGAGGCAGUGAGCCUGUUUACGACGCGCAGGUGCCAGCCGCCGCAGCUGCAGCCAUCGGAGACCCGAGUGCUCGAUUACAUGGCCUCUCUGAUGUCCGGCCACUUGCCUCACGUGAAGCCGCUAGUACUCCGGUCGCUGCUGGUUCAGCCUGUGCCCCUCUUCACCAAAGCUCGUGACGGCUGUCGACCGUUUGUCGAAAUUUAUAGUAACGGGGCGAUGGUGUACUCGACCAAGAGGUCCGAAUACGAGGAGAUGAAGCUGUUUAGCAUGGUGGAGGGCAAGUUGUGUCUGAUCCUGGGCGAGGCCACUGUGCGCGGUGACAUCACGAUGGUGCUGUACCACGCACGCCAGCAGCUCGGUCGUAUUAUCGGAAUCAAGAUAGCUGCGUUACAUUUCCACACGGGCUACGUGCCGCUCAACGACACCUGUCUCUGCUUUGAGAAGAAGGACCUCGACGAUACGCCCGAGAUCGGUGGCAUGUUCAAGGUCAUGAUCAACGCUAGCCUCGGCGAGGACUCUGUCAAAUUCUCGAGGGCGCCGGCGCCCUGGGAGACCGCCGAGGAGACCUCUCGCCGGCCCACGCCGGAGCCCCUCUUCGCUUCGACUCUCGAGAUGGAGGAGACGCUGGACAACUUUCGCGCCAGCAUGCCGUCCAGUGAACGCCGUGUUCCGCGGGAGCCGGUGCCACCACCCAGACCCGAGCCACCGAAAUUGCCUCGUAGGCCUUCCGGGGACGCUGCGCCGUCUCGAGCAGAGGCCCCGACAGAGGCGGAUCUCCUCAAUCUCGGCUCCUCUGCAUUGUCUGCUGCUGCCUCUGCUGCUGCUGCUGCUGCUGCUGCUCCUCCUCCUCCUCCUCCUCCUCCUUCAUCCAGCGCCGACGGCGCUACGGCGGCCGCGGCUGGUCCACCUCUCGAUAUAUUCGCUUCGAGCUCCGGACAGCCCGAGACCCUCGACAGCGACCUACUGGCUGGCUUCGGGACCUUUACCUCGGCAGCGCCGCCAACCACUCCCGUCGUCAACGAACCCUCUAGCGCCGAACUGCUGUUCGGUCAGAGCAACAACUGCAGGCAAACCGACAUGGGUGAUUUGCUCUUUGGGCGGUCUGCGCCGCAGCCGACUCCCACCGGGGAAGACGUGAUGUUUGAUCCAUUCGGCAGCAGCCUCAAGAACAAUCUGCUAGGUAAUUGGACUCAGUCAGGCGCCACUGGUGCUGCUAAAUCCUCGGGCGAAGAUGCUUUGCCGCGAAAUGCCAGUGUCCCCAACUUUGCUCCUCAGAAGCAAGAUCCAUUUGCGAAUUUGACCAACGUGAUGGGUGCUGGCUUGACUGCAAGCUGGAAUGGCACGCCCAAAGAGUCCAAUAGUCCGCAAUCCUCCAGUCCUGCUGCCGCAGGUACGCCGGUGCACUCGAGCCCGCGCAUGCACAAGCCCGUGACGCCGAUGGCCGAAAGUCUCUCGUUUGCCACGGCCCAGACACUAAAUCAAGAGCAACCAAAGACGAAGCCUGCUGACGCUUUCGAGGAUCUGUUGGGUAGCCAAGGCUACAGUUUCGCCUCGCGCAAGGCUGACAAGAAUAGUACAAAGACCAUCAAUCAAAUGCGCAAAGUCGAGGCCGCCAAAACGAUGGAUCCGGAGAAACUAAAGGUAGCCGAGUGGACGGAGGGUAAAAAAGGAAAUCUCAGGGCACUAUUAUGCUCCGUACACACAAUACUUUGGGACGACUGCAAGUGGCAAAAAUGUGAAAUGCACAUGCUGGUGUCACCUGCAGAUGUUAAAAAGUCUUAUAGAAAAGCUUGCCUUGCAGUCCAUCCGGAUAAACAAUCUGGUACGCCAAAUGAAAAUUUGGCCAAGUUAAUAUUUAUGGAGUUAAACAAUGCCUGGAGCACCUUUGAGAAUGACGCCUCGCAGCAAAAUCUAUUUAGCUAAUUAUCAGCAAUCGUUACUUGUUUUAGAGUAUUACGAUUCAUAGUACAUUAUAAAUAAUAUACAUAGAAGAUCCAUCGAGGAUCAACUUGUUGAAAAGGACAUCAUCGCUAAUCGUCAUCGUGCUUCUUGUAAGAUAAACAUACAAAAUUAACAAAAAAAGACGAAAUUAUUUCUUCUAUUACAUUCCGUAAAUUUUGAUUACUAUAUAUACAUAACUCCUAACAUUGAAGCCCAGAGAGACUGUCGCUGGACGUUCUGUUGAAUAUUUAUUUCUAGUUUAUCUUGAUAUAUGUUUUGUCGAUACUUGAGUCGUAAUCGUACGAUUUUUCAUCCUGACAAACUAUUAGUUUAUUGUGAUUUAUUUAGAUGUAGGUUACUUUAUUGUGAUUUAAUUUAAUUCAUUUUGUCUUUUUUUGAUCAGACAAGUUAGUCAGUUUAGUAAUUACAUAUUUUGCAUUUUGAACUUUAAUAAUUCAUAGAUACAGGAUUCGAUAUAUUUUGACAACUAUAAUGAAAUUAAUUACAACGUAAAUUAUAAUGGAAAAUAAAGUAAGUAUGAUGGCAAAAUCAAUAUGUCGGUAAAACAGCACAAAAUUAGCGAAUUUUCCAGCGAAGUCGACAUAGGCUUUCAAAUAGUGUCCUUAAGCUUCAAGGAAUUCUUACGUGAUCUGUAUAUAUAUAUAAUGCAGUGUAAAUUAUGAAGGAUCGUGAAAUCGUAUAUAUACUUAUUCACACAUAUAAGAUAUUUUGUGAGCGAAUGUUACAAUAUGUGUAUUUAUAAUGUUGCUUGAGCAUGUUCUUGUUUUAGUACACCGAGUGACUAGAAUUUUAUCAGAAACAGUUCUAACCCGUUAUUUGUCGUCAACCAUUUGUGUUUCUACUCUUGUCAGAUUAUUGUUUUCGACGUUCAAUCGAUCACAAUUCAUCUGCUCAUCGCUAAAUAAAUUGCAUUUCAUUUUAUUUUAGAAAAAAAUUACAAUGUCUAUAUGCCAUGAAUACCGCAUAAUACUCAUUUUGAAUUUCUACGUGAUUAAUUGAAUAUUUUUAUGUUAUAGUAAAUUUUACUUUAUUUGACAGACAUAAAUAAAAGUCAACAUAUAUAUA